GCCUGAGGCGAGCUGUGGUGUAACCAUACCGGGAGAGCUGCAUCCGUGGCCGGGGCUGUGAGACUGACCGGCCCCUAGAGGCAUAAACCUUAUUGUUGUGCAAUUCAUGCGUAUUCAUGUUAUGUAAUAUACAUCAUAAACUAAAUAGCUCCGUUUUUGUUUGUUUUGACAUAUACCUGCAGUUAGUAGCGUUGGAUUCCCCUUUUCUAUAAAGCUUCUGUAUUUAAGGAUGUGGAUGUUAUUUAAUGACUACAUCAAGGCAACUGUCAGCAGUAAGACCUCCAUCUCAAUUCCUGUGCCAGUGGUGUUCAUCAAAGUGUGCGGAUACUAAAAUGUGACAACGGUAAAAUCCAGUGUAAUCCUGGCCAAUGAUGGAGUGGUUGACCAAUUCUGUUAAGAGAGAACUUAACAUUGACCAAAACCAGCUUGCUGUUUCUGAGGUGGGAAGUCAUGUGAUUGCACUUGUGUCUCAGAAAUGGCUUUUGAACCUGAAAGAGCGCAGAGCAGUUCCCGCGCAAUGCCCAAAGUUGGAGGGAUUCAGCAGUGUCGAAAUAAAGACUUUUUUGCAGAGAUCUGUGCAGAAAUUACCCGUUGGCUGGACAAGGGUAGAAAUUCAUGGACUGAAGAAAAGUAGGCUUGCCUACACCAUCACAUUAAACAAUGGUUUUCUGCAAGAACAAAACAGUGAUGAGUCAUUGAUCAGGUUUAUGCAAAAUGUUACUCAGCAAAAUUAUAAAAACAUGUGGAAUAAAGCUCACAGGACUUACGUACAGCCCUAUGAAAGUUUAACUAAGGUGCCAAGCAUGCAGGCCUUGGAUGCUCUGAAGUUGUCUCUCCAGAAAGUCUAUGGUUGCUCCUUCAUUCUCCUAAAUAAGGCAAAUAUAAGUCUAUCACCGUCUAAAGAGAAUGCCAGUUUUGUUUUAGGGGCCCCUUCCUGCCCUAAUAUUGUUCCAGCUGAAGCUAUGAUAGAGUCAUCUGACAUGUUAUACAUCAUAUUACCUUAUGUGCAGUACUCUCUGUAUGACGCUGUCACUUUUAGCCCCGCAAAACUUGCAAAUAGCCAUGCCAAAGUACUCUUUAUCCUGUAUAAUGUACUCCAGGCCAUGAAGACCUGUCACCAGGCAGGCCUGUCAAGUGGAGAUAUUUCCUUAUGCAAUGUAGCUGUUGAUGAGAAGCUUUGCAGCCAAUUAAUGCCAAACUUCAUUGAUUAUGAAAGGCCAUUUGAUAGAGCAUUGUACUGUACUGAAGAUUCAGGAGACAUCACAGAGCGAGUGAAACCAUCUGGUGGACUUUGUACUACUUGCAACCAUGACCUGAAGGAGACAGUUCUAGGCUGGAUUCAUGGAAGUAUUAGCAACUUUGAUUACCUUAUGUAUCUGAACAAGCUGGCUGGUAGACGAGAAGGGGAUCCAAAUUACCACCCAGUAUUACCCUGGGUUGUAGAUUUUACGACUAAGAAUGGCAAAUUUAGAGACCUGAGAAAAUCCAAAUUUCGCUUGAACAAAGGAGACAAACAGUUAGAAUUUACAUAUGAAAUGACAAAACAGGCUUUUGUAGCAGGAGGAAGCAGCUCAGACCAGCUGCAUGUGCCUCAUCAUAUCUCCGAUGUACUUUCUGACAUCACAUACUAUGUCUAUAAGGCUAGGAAAACACCUAAAGCUGUGUUGUGCAAUCAUGUACGCUCUCAGUGGGAACCCAAUGAAUAUCCUGCAAGCAUGGAGCGCAUGCAGGGAUGGACCCCGGAUGAAUGUAUUCCAGAGUUUUAUACAGACCCUACCAUCUUCAAAUCCAUUCAUCCAGAUAUGUUGGAUCUUGACAUUCCAUCUUGGUGCAGCUCUUAUGAAGACUUCAUUCAUGUUCACCGAGCACUCCUAGAAAGCAAGGAUGUUUCGCAGGAUCUUCAUCACUGGAUUGACCUCACUUUUGGGUACAAAUUGACAGGUAAAAAUGCAGUUAAAGAAAAGAAUGUCUGCCUCCAUCUGGUGGAUAAUCAUACGAACUUAACAUGUUAUGGAGUUGUGCAGUUGUUUGAUCAACCACAUCCUAAACGUCUUCUGGGCCCUGGGUAUUCUCUGUAUGAAGCGCCUACCAUAGUUCCAUCAAGACAUAACAUUGUUGAGAUGACCGUGUGUGAUGACAAACACACUGUCAAUGGACUUGUACUAGAGGCCACUCCUUGUGACAGUCAUUGGAUCAGUGAGAAAGCAUGCACUGCAGAUGAAGAACUGGAGCAAGGGACUGAGGCUCUGGAUGCCUUAGGAACUGCUGGAAAGAACAGUGAUCCAGCCACUGUUCCCGCCCUCCAAAUUACUAGUGCUAGUAACUACUCAGGUGAAAGCAGAGCACCACCUAUUAAGUCAAGCAGACAAUAUAAGGGUGCAUCUGAUGAAAGUGGGGGCAAACUAUCACUGCCCGAAGGUUUUAACCCUAUACAGGCUUUGGAAGAACUAGAGAAACUGGAUAACUUUUUAGUUCAAGGUUUGCAUAGCACCAUUCUUCCUGUGAAAGAUUCUCCAAAAAAGCUUCCACUAAGCCUCCAGGAUUUUUUUCAGAGAGAUAUCCAGGCUCUGGGUGUGAUGAUGGCAGAGAUUAUUUUUGCACAAAGAAUUCACACUACAGCGCCUAAAGCUUCUCUGAUGGAGCGCUAUGUUUUAGUCCGUAAUCUCAGUAGACACCAUGUUAAAGAGAUUCCAACUCCGCUCUUGCAAGUGCUAGAGUCCCUGUUGCAGCUAGACACUGCAGAUGACGUGCUUUUCGGUGAUGUGGGCGUUGAGGGACAAGUCAGGUUGUUUGAAUUUCCACACAUUUCUAAUGGUCUUCCUCCGCCCAGUCCCUCACAGCUUCUCAGUCCUUAUUGCUCCACCAUUCCUUUCCCAAAGUACUUUCCAAACCUGCAUAAAUUUAUCUUAACUUAUCAAUCACGAAGGACAGACGAUGAUAGCCAGGGGCGUGAGCUGGUGUUCCAGUUGUGGCAGCAAAUAGAUGGUAUUCUUUGCGACAUCACCCCUGAAGGGUUGGAGAUCAUUCUUCCAUUUGUCCUGUCGUUAAUGACGGAAGAAUGCACUGCUGUGUAUGCAGCCUGGUAUCUUUUUGAGCCUGUGGCUAAAGCUUUAGGACCUAAAAAUGCAAACAAGUAUUUAUUGAAGCCCCUUAUUGGUGCUUAUGAAAACCCUUCGUAUCUUCAUGGAAGGUUUUACCUCUAUACAGAUUGCUUUGUGGCCCAGUUAAUAGUACGUUUAGGCUUGCAAGCGUUUUUGUCUAAUUUACUUAAUCAUGUCUUUCAAAUCCUUAUUGGCGUGGAGAGCUCCGGUGAUGAAGGAAAGCUGCUGUCAGGAGCUGCUGAGGAUGAGGAAAGUGGAGGGGAAAGCCCAGUCUCUGGUGAAUUUGGUGAAGGUAGACAGAACAGUGUAGAUCACAGUACCUCUACCCAUGAACUCUUAGAUUAUACUUCUGGCGUUAGUUUUCAUGAUCAGGUUUACCUGGCUGAAAAUGAAGACUUUCAAAGUGGUCUUUAUGUCAGUGACCCUCUUCAGCCACCAGAGCCAGAGUCGCUCAGUCUUGGUAGGUUGAGUGACAAAAGUAGCGCAAGUGAAGUUUCUCUCGGGGAUGAGAAAGUCGCAGAUUGCGAAUCCCCUCGGGAGAAGGGCAGCAUGAAGUCUGGGGACAGUAGCCAGGAUUUAAAGCAGAGUGAGGAAUCUGAAGAAGAGGAAGAGCGGGAUUCGUCACCAGGUCUCUCCGAGCUAACCCUCUCUGUCGCCACUGAUGUGUCUGCCGAUACAGUUCUAGCCAAUGAGAAUGGAGAACUGGAUGACGAAGAGCCUGAUUUAAAUAAUCAAACUGAGGAAAAAGAACAAAAGAUAUUAAUAGAUACUGCCUGUAAGAUGGUCAGGUGGCUCUCGGCCAAGCUAGGCCCAACUGUGACCUCCCGCUGUAUUGCAAGGAAUCUGCUGAGGUUGCUGGUGUCCUGUUAUGUUGGACACCAGAGACAUCAGUUUCUGUCUACAGUGGAAGAGAAUAGCCCACUAAAUGUCAAGAGGCCUGUAUGUGGUGAUCAGGUGUCCAAGCCGGUGCUUGACUGUUUGAUGCAUAUGGCUCAUCUUUAUGGAGAACCGUUUUUAACCUAUCAGUAUCUGCCUUACAUCAGCUACUUGGUGGCCCCCAGCAGUGGGUGCCGACUUAACAGCCGCAAAGAAGCUGGUCUCCUAGCUGCUGUUACCCUUACUCAGAAGAUCAUCACUUACCUUUCAGACACCACCCUCAUGGACAUUUUACCCAAAAUCAACCAAGACGUUCUGCUACCAGUGCUGACUUUCCUGACCUCUACCACAGUUGGGUUUCCAAAUGGCCCCCAAGCCCGGGUAGCUCUCUGUGUAAAGUGCAGCAACCUCCUGUCACUUAUCUGCCUCAGAAUAGGGAGAGAGAUGGUCCAGCAGCAUCUUGGUGAUGCUCUUAGAACCUUCUUCAGCAACUUCACCGUAUUGCAUGAAGUUCAUCAGCAGGGUCUGAUUUCAGAGGCUCAGAAUACAAUGGAGACGUCGGUACAGAGUGUCAGUUGCUCAGACGGCAGAACGCUACUUGUGGACUUGUCUCUGAUUGAGGAGCUGGAGAAGGUGUAUAAUGCAGAGAUGGCAUAUGCCACAUUCAUCCCAUUUUCUUGUCUCAUAGGUGAUGGCAUUGGUCAACUGGUUCCAAACAAUGAGUUAAUAUGGAAAUUAACAAUGGUCUACCAAGAAGCAGUAAUUCCGAAGGAAAUUGAUAGCCGAGCGCAACAGUUUGAGUACAGAGGAAGAAUAAAUUCUCCUUUUCACAACUCUGGGGAAGACACUCAGUCAGGCACUUUUGGAAGUGUCAUGGUUGGCAACCGAAUUCAAGUGCCGAAAGAAAACCACCAGCCAACACCAAGGUCCUCAUUCCGCAUACCUAUUUUGGAAAACUUCCAUUCUGACGAUAAUAUGUUUAAACAGGACCUGCAAAAGAGUGCCCACGGACUGUGUGGUAACUGGCUGGCAUAUUGGCAGCAUGAGAUUGGUGUGAGCCAACAGGAACCUCACUUUUACUUCCACCAGAUCAAGCUGCAAAGUUUCGUAGGCCACACUGGCGCAAUAAAAUGCAUUAAACCUCUAAGUGGUGAAGAUUUCUUUCUUAGUGGCAGUAAGGACAAAACUGUCCGCUUGUGGCCUUUGUAUAAUUCUGGCGAUGGCACCAGGGAAAUCGAGUCACGUCUCACCUACACCGAGCACAAGAAAACCGUGUUUUACGUGGGUCAGCUGGAGUCGGUGCAGCAAAUAGUGAGCUGUGAUGGAGGGGUUUGCAUAUGGGACCAAUUCACAGGUAAAACCAUUCGGACCUAUGAGGCUGGCGAUACUAAAGUGCCCAUAACAGCUGUGGCCACCAUGCCGCCUCCAUAUUGCAGUGUGACUUUUGGAAGUUCUGACUCAAUGCUUCGUUUCAUUGACCCCCGGAAACCAGGGCUUCAGCAUGAGUUCAGACUGGCUGGUAAUGUGAAUGCAGGGCUUAUCCGCUACCUGGCAGUCAGCCCUAGUGGACGCAACGUUGUUGCAGGAUAUUCAUCCGGGUUCAUAAUACUGCUGGACACCAGGACAGGCCUGAUUCUGAGAGGUUGGCCGGCUCAUGAGGGUGACAUCCUUCAGAUGAAGGCUGCAGAUGGAAACAUUGUGGUGAGUUCCUCCUCUGACCAUUCCCUGACCGUCUGGAAGGAGCUGGAGCAGAAGCCAUUACAUCAGUUCAAAUCCACUUCUGACCCUAUUCAUGCUCUUGACCUGUAUGGCAAUGAGAUUAUAACUGGCACUGUGGCAAACAAGAUUGGCAUAUACUCUCUCGUCGAUUCUUCCUCACAGCCAAACAGCACAACCAAACUCAGUUCUGAGAACUUCAAGGGGACCUUAACCAACCUGGCUGUCCUUCCUACCAAGAGGCUUCUGCUGCUGGGCUCCGACAAUGGGGUUGUCCGUCUUCUAGCAUAAUAGACAUUGCUAUUAUUUUGGCGGAACACAGUGACUACAUCUUAAACGGAAUGUUAUAUAACUGCAUUUAAAAAAAAAAAAAAAAAGAAAAGAAAAAAGAGCCAUACGCCUUUUACAUUCCAGUAUUAAUUUUACCCUGUAGCAAGACCAGCCAGCAUUGUAAUGCAUAGGGAAAGAUGUAGGAUCAGGCGAAAUAUAUAUCCAUGAAGUGUUAAUCAGGAAAUGUCAUAGUCCUGCUCUAAGCUAUGGUCAGACUUACAUUAGGACCCUCUGUAUUUUAUCAGUUCCGUGUAAGUCCUUUAUUCUGUACUGCUAAUUAAUAAACUUACAGUCGGCAGAAGAUGGGCAGGAAGAUAGGUUAAUACUACUCUAAAUUAAAGCACUGUGGUAUUGUAUUAAGAAGAGAAGUAAAGGUGCCCCCUACCCUAUAUUUGCUGAGUUUGCACUUUAAAACGACUCCUCAAUAAUUAAAUAUACAUUAUAAGUACUAUGUAAAUCGUGCAUGUCUUACUUACGACCAGGGGAGUUCAAAUAUACCAUUCCUGUUUAUUUAGUAUUCACAUAGUAUAUGAAAUACAAGCAAUCAUGCCAUAAAAUAAAGUCUACUUAUAUAGUAUAGUUUCUUACAUAAGAUGUACUAACUUACAUAUUGAGAUCUCUUAUUUUUGAGGGAUCUGCAGUAAGAAUUGAAUAUUAGAUGUACUUUUCUUUGGACCAUAAUGAAAAUGUAAAUAUUAGAAAUCUAAGCCUGGACGUCUCAGGAAAUAUAUAUAUACUAAUCUCAGGCUGCAUUGACUCCACCAUAUAAUGUUCAGCAAUAAUUUUUGUUUUACAUUUUUUUUUUCCCCCUCACUGAUUUCGGUGGCCUAGUUGCAUCAACAUUGAGCAAAAAGCUGAAUUAUUGGUGUCGGAAACUACCUGUGUGGCUUAGCUCAUGCCCCUGUCUCGUAAGUUUCUAUACUGAUUGGUACUGUUGAAUUGCAGUGGCACCUAAUUGACUGAUGUUUGGAGUUGUUUAAUUCCAGCUGAAGCGCCCUGGGUGAGAGAAAAGAUCUCUUUGCAUUGUAAUAUGGAUGACCGUGGGCAUACUCUUGGCAAUUUAUAAUAAAUAUUCAUGCUUCUAGGUAAUAAAUCUGCACGUGGAAUUAUUUGACCUUUUACACUUGCAUUUUUUUUUUUUUUUUAAUGUAAAUGCACGUCCGUAUUGUUGGUGCGCAUGCUUAUUCCUCUCAUGCGCUCUGUUACUGACCCUAAACCUGCCUAGAACAAAUAAGAUGAAGUUACAUUACGUUUGUAUUUUUCAUGUUUAUGAAUGUGGCUUUUACGAGUCCCUUCAAUAGACAAAAAGCAAACCGUUUUUAAAUAUUGUCUGCAAGUAUUUGUUUUUGUUUUCACACUUCUUUUUAUUUGUCUCUAACAAUGUUUUUGUUAUACAAUGAAUUAUUUUUUUAAGAAUUUUUUUGGGUUUUUUUUUACCAAUAAUUAUCCAUUUUACCAAUUUGUUUUAACACCCAGUUUUUCUAUGUAUUUUUAGUACUUUCAUUUUACUAAUACCCCUUUUCCACUGAAAACCCGUGAUUUUGGUCAGUGUAAACUUAAUCCCGGGUCCCCGACCCUACUCCUAACCAGGGUCACGGAGCUGAGACCCAGGAUUUGCAAUGGAAAAGGGGUAUAAAAAUCAAAUCGAAAACAGCUAGGGUACUUUAUUAUGGAGUAUUUACUACACAUUUGGCAAGAGCUUUCCAAAACAACUUUGGUUGCUGUAAUAAUAAUAAUGGUAUUCUGUAAUAUAUAAAUAAGUAGAGGAUUUAAAUGGACCAACGUGAUUUGUGCAGAUGAUGAUGAUUCCAUUCCAAAAUCUGGGUUUCAACUGUAUACAGAAAUUCAGUUUAAAAAAGGAAAUAGAUAUAUAACGCAUUUUAGAUUCUUCCCAAUUGUUUCUCACACUAUCACUUGAGGUUGUAUAAUAUAUUCAAUGUUUUAAAAUGGCAAAUGAUUUUCUAUUACGAACCAUUUAUUAAAACAACAAUUCCACAUU